UCUUUUCCGUGUGUGGAUAAGUGGGGAAGCCUUAGCAGUUUCUAUUUCACCCUUAGCAGCUUCUAUUUCAAAGUAAAUGUUUGCAGAAAUUGUGCCAUUAUAAGAUACGAUUCGACCAAAGAAUUAAGCAGCAGUACAUACCAGUAUACACGAAGAUGCAGAUUCCCAUCUGGUCAUUUUUUGUUCUUCUUAUUGGGCUGCUUUUUAAAGAAACGCCACAAGUUUCAGCUACAAGAAUAUGGUCAUCAUCAGCAAUAUUAUCUUCAUCAAAACCUGGCUGCCCAGAGAGAUGCGGCAACAUAACCAUUCCUUAUCCAUUUGGAAUAGGAAAAGGGUGUUACUUCAAUGAAAAAUUCGAAGUGAGCUGCACUAACAACACUGCUUUUAUUGGUGGUCGUAAAUUGCGAAGCAUAUCAGUGGACUCCGUAUCGGUUGUUAUUCCUUUUAGGCCUACCCCCUACAACAAAUCAUCUGGAAAGAACAUUUACGGUGAUGCUUGGCAAACCAGCACCGAGUAUAUCAGUCUUUCAAAGAAGAACAUUCUAGUAGCCAUUGGGUGUGACGUUUAUGCUGGUGUCAAAGAUUUAGACACUAGCAGUGGAUACAUUGUAAGUGGAUGUUCUUCUUUCUGCAGCAACCUCACCAAUAACUUUUCAUCUUCUUCAGCUUCAUUAUCUUAUUGCACUGGGAGUAACGGUUGUUGUCAGUCUGCAUUUUCGAAAAUACCAGGACGGUUGAAUGUGUCUAUACAAACAAUGAACACGGAGAAAACAUCGUGGGCAUCUAACAAUUGCAGCUAUGUCUUAAUUUUGGAAAAGGGCUUUUCUGAGUCUAACUUCACUCAAUUAUUUGGUAAAUGCAAAGAAGAUGAUUAUUAUGAAGCAAGGGUAGCGUUUGACUGGGUAAUUGGCAAUGUUAGUUGCGACAAAGCCAUGAGAAGGCCAAAAUAUUAUGCGUGUAGAAAUAACAGUAGGUGCGUCGAUGACACUACUAGACCUGGUGAGGGAUACCGAUGCAAUUGCUCUGCUGGUUAUCAAGGCAACCCUUACCUCCCUCACGGAUGCCAAGACAUCAACGAGUGUGCAAGUCCAAAAUGGAAGCGUUGUUCCAACAAAACUCGCUGUGUUAAUACUCCUGGCAGUUUCCUUUGUGAGCCAAAUAAUGUGAAACACAUGCCCCUUAUACAAAUCUGCUUGGGUCUUGUAGCAGCAUUUACUUUGGUAAUCCUGGUAGCAGUUUGUCUUUGGCUACGCAAGUGGCUCGGGAAGAGGGAAGAAAAGAAAGCUAAACAAAAGUUUUUCAAGAGGAAUGGUGGAUUGCUUUUACGACAACGUAUUCCCUUAAAUGGAGAAAGUACUAGUGACUCUUUGUUGAAGCACUUUUUGAAAGAGGAGCUGGAGAAAGCAACAGACAACUUCAAUGAAAUUCGAAUUCUUGGUAAAGGAGGGCUUGGGACUGUCUAUAAAGGAAUGUUAUCAGAUGGAAGCAUUGUAGCUGUGAAGAAAUCCAAUGCAGUGAAUGAAGAUCAAAUUGAACAGUUUAUAAAUGAGAUACUCAUUCUCUCCCAAAUAAAUCAGAGACACAUUGUCAAGGUACUUGGCUGUUGCUUAGAAACUCAAGUCCCAUUAUUAGUUUAUGAGUACAUCUCGAAUGGAACCUUGUCAUCCCAUAUUCACGGAAACCUUAGUCACAGUUCUAACCCCACUCACUCAAAGUCUGAGUUGGAUGUUCAGAUUCAUUCGCGCCAAGAAAUAAUAUUAUCGUGGGAUCAUCGCUUGCGAAUUGCUGCAGAAGUAGCAGGGGCGCUUUCUUACAUGCACUCAUCUGCUUCUACUCCCAUUCUUCACAGAGAUAUAAAAUCAAACAACAUAUUACUAGAUGAUAAUUUUAGAGCAGUGGUUUCUGAUUUUGGACUUUCGAGAUUUUUGUCUGUCGACAAGACUCAUUUAACAACACUAGUAGGAGGUACAUUUGGUUACAUAGCUCCAGAAUACUUCCGAUCAGGUCAACUUACCGACAAAUGUGAUGUCUAUGCCUUCGGUGUAAUUCUUGCUGAGCUUCUAACAAGUCAAAGGGCUGUCUCUUCAAGCGAAAUAGAAGAUCCAGGUUUGGCCAUACGUUUCACAUUAUUAUUGAAACAAAAUCGCAUAUUUGAGAUCGUAGACACUGAAAUUGUAAAAGAAGUUGCGGAUGAACAUGUGAUUCUUGUUGUGGCCAAGCUUGCCAAGAGAUGCUUAAAUUUUAAUGCGAGGAAAAGGCCAAGCAUGAAGGAGGUAGCAGUUGAACUUGACCAACUAGGAAAACUGAGGCAAGAUAUGCCUCAUCCUGAGCGUUCUCAAGAUAACAUUUCUCCAAAAAGUGAAAGUUCAUAUAGUUAUACUUCUGAUUGUACAGAAGAAGAUAAUCAGAACUCAGUGUCUCAAAAUGAAUUGCAAUAAGGAAUUUUUGUAACUUUUGUAACUUCAAGUUUUCUCUUGUAAUGUUGAAGUAAUUGCACGUACGGACACAGACUCAAAUGGAUUUAGCAUGUUUGCAUUAAUAUCUAAGUUGUUGUACAUAUGAUGGAAAUUCUUUUAUCCUUUAUUUAGCGGUGUUCAUGGCCGGUUUGAUUCA